AUGCGCUUCAUCCAGGUCGUCGCCCUCCUCCCAGCGCUUGCUGUGGCUCAGGAGCAGGUUCCCCUCGCGGACCGUGUUCAGGGUUGGUUCAACAAGGCCAAGUCCUACCUGCCCACUGCCACCCCGGUCGUCCCCGCUGCCGUGGUUGAGAAGGUUGUCGAGAAGGCUGUCAAGAUUCAGGAGAAGACCGUCACCCCCUUCAACGUGACAAACUGGCAGUCCUUCCUGGAACCAUCAUCGGAACCCCAGGACUGGUUGAUCUAUGUUACUGGAGGAAACAAGACCUGCUUCGGUCGCUGUGGCCGGGCGGACAAGUCGUUCAAUGAAUCCGUGCUCCUUUUCUCCGCCGAUCCCACCUCCCCUAACCUGGGUAAGCUGGACUGUGAAUCGAACCAGGUUCUCUGCUCUGCGUGGGGUGCCGGUACCCCUUCGGUCUGGUACUUCCAGGUUCCUCAGGCCCAGCUUGGUGAGGAACGCGCUCCCACCGCGCUCCACACUGUCUACCUGAACACCACCACUGUGACCCCGGAAACAAUCUACAAGGUGCACUCUGAGAAGGCCUACGAGACGACUCCUGCCUACGAGGGCGCUCUUCACCCCACCGAUGGCUGGCUUGCUCAGAACGGACUCCUGCUCCCUCUGGGCUAUGUCAUCUACGGAUUCAGCGCCAUUCCCAGCUGGCUCUUCAUGAUCCUCAUCAGUUUCUUCAGCCGAACCGUCGCCUCGGAAAUGUCGCACACCCAAUCCACCAUCUCAACCACCACCCUCAAUUCCAAAAUGGCCGACCUCGACCGCACACCCCCUUCCACUGCCGCCUACGUGGUCGCCACCGCCAUCCUCGCCGGCAUCACGGGCUACUUCAUCGGCCAAGGCAGCUCGCUGGGUCUCUUCUCCACGAAAGAAAAAGAAGGCUGGCCGAACAGCUACAAUGUGAAAGUGCACCGGGAUUCGUCCGACGAAGAAAACGAGUCUUCUGCUGAAGAGGAAGAAGAUAGCGAAGACGAAGGCGACGGCACUGAGCUCGGAAAUUUCGAUGAGAGCGCCGAGGAAGUCAAAUUGGUGCUGGUGGUGAGGACGGAUCUGGGGAUGACAAAGGGCAAAAUCGCAGCCCAAUGCUCGCAUGCUACGCUCGCGUGCUACAAAUAUCUAGUGGCGUAUACGCCCAACUCGGGCAUGUUGCGGAGAUGGGAAUCGCAGGGUCAAGCGAAGAUCGCGCUGCAGAUCAAGUCCGAGGAGGAGAUGGAGGAGUUGCAGGCAAAGGCGAUGAGUUUGGGUCUUUGCGCGAGAGUCAUUACGGAUGCGGGUCGGACGCAGAUUGCGAGUGGCAGUCGCACGGUGUUGGGGGUUUUGGGUCCCAAGAGUGUGGUCGAUAGUGUGACGGGACAUUUGAAGUUGUUGUAG